AUGGUAAGGGUUUAUAUACAAGCUAUGCUUACUAGCAUCAGCGCAAUUUAUGACGGGCAGUGGGAGGAACGGCGUCACGGAAUUUAUUUCAAGUUAGGUUUCGAGCUUAAUUUUCAGGGUAAUAGAGACGGUACAGACAGUCCAAACUUAAAAUCUGCUAUUGAACAUCAUAACAUCGUGGAUGCAAAAAUCAUGAAAGAAAUCAAAGCAAAUCGCGUAAACGGUCCAUUUUUGGAAAAGCCCUUUCAAGAACUUAAAGUUUCGCCGAUAGGUGUUGUUCCGAAAAAAGAACCAGGGGAAUAUAGAAUGAUUCAUCAUCUAUCAUAUCCCCGCAAUACUGGAACCUCGGUGAAUGAUCAAAUUCCCGCUGACUUUACAGAGGUCUCCUAUGCAAAUGUCGAUGACGCCAUUACAAAAAUUAAAAUGAUAGGUAGAAAUGCCUUUAUGGCAAAAACAGACAUAUGCUCUGCUUUCAGAAUUAUUCCAAUACGUCCGUCCGAUUAUAGUUUACUGGGUUUCAAAUGGGAAAACAAAUAUUACUAUGAUAAAUGUCUCCCUAUGGGAGCUGCCUCAAGUUGUCAAAUUUUUGAGACUUUCAGUACAGCAUUAAAAUGGAUAGCGCAUAACAAAUUUGGCAUACGUCAUAUAGUCAAAAUCCUUGAUGACUUUUUGUUCCUUGCGCCAACUUUCUUCGAGGCUAAGUCAGCACUUGAUUCUUUCUGUCGCAUGUGCACAGUACUAGGAGUGCCGCUAAAUGAGCAAAAAACUUUCCCUCCUUCACCGGUCAUGUCUUUUAUGGGUAUAACACUAGAUUCUAUACAUAUGGAAGCAAGACUACCACAAGACAAGCUAGCUAAAGCUGUUUUGCUAUUACGCGAGCUUGGUUCAAAACAAACAUGUCAACUCCGUACUCUCCUAUCCCUGAUAGGCUUCUUGAAUUUUGCUUGUUCGGUCAUCAGACCAGGAAGGGCUUUCCUAAGACGCCUGAUAAACCUGUCGAUUGGCGUUAAAAAGCUUCAUUACAAGGUAAAACUAAGAUCCCCAGCCAAGCACGACAUGUCCAUGUGGCUAGACUUCCUUGCAAACUUUAAUGGGACAUCUUUUUUCAUCAACGAACAGCGGCUUUCUAGCGAUAACAUUUGUCUACAUACAGAUGCAUCAGGGUCAAAAGGCUAUGGGGCGAUUUAUAAGAGUAACUGGUUUUACGGGUCUUUCCCACACUCUUGGCAAAAAGCAAACAUCGCAUUCUUAGAACUAUACCCAAUUGUUUUGGCAGUAUUCACAUGGGGUCAUUUAUGGAGAAAUCACACGGUAGUUUUUCACACAGAUAAUGAAGCUCUGGUGUCUGUUAUCAAUAAACAGACAUCAAAAGUUCAUUGUAUAAUGUACCUUAUCAGAAAGCUAGUCCUACACUGUCUUACACAAAAUAUAGUAUUUUUAGCUCGCCAUGUCAAAGGAAAAGACAAUAGUAUAGCAGACGCUCUUUCUCGUUUUCAGAUACAGCGAUUCAGGGAGCUAGCGCCGUUCUGCAAACCAAAUCCAACUAUAGUAAGCCCACAUCUUCAACCGGAGAUAUUUUGCAAGGGUUUGAAACUUUAUUAA